CCAUUACUACAGCUCUGUCAAGAUUCUUAGCUUUUAGAAAGAGACUACGGUAUAGGAGGAAGAUCCCCUGACUAGAAAGAGCACUUCUAAAGCAUGUAUUGUGUGGAGUUUACCGCCAUUUUAUUCACUGUAAACGGACUAACAUCCUGCAAGAUGGCCGCUGGAGAGGGUUUGGUGGACCCUCAGUGAACGCCACCAAUAAAUGGCCGAGUAGAGCUAACAAAAAUUUGCGGGGGAAACGAUUCGCGCUUUGUUGACCCUCCUCCCCCCCCGUCAUAAAAUUCGUCUAUUUGAACCCAUUCCUCUGGAUACGUUUGCAGCAGCCAAACCAUACUACAUAACGCUUGGGGUGUGGCUAAUGCAAUUGCUCCGAGUACACCCAUACACCACCCUGGAUCCCUACCCCCAGUUUUGAGCGUUGUGUUCUCUAUCGCUUAGAACAUCACAUUGUUCACCUCCGCUUACCUGGCGCACAAAUCUGGAUUUUGAUUGACGCAACGACGGCCAAUCGCUACGGCGCUUUCCUUGGUCACGCCUCGUUCCCACUGUCCGCUCAGCAGUGACGUCAUCAGUCCCAUCCAGUGGCUUCGUUCGCCUUCCAGCCAAUUAUCGUCGUUAUUCCAGUUUCGAGAGGCGGGAGAUCGGAGUCUAUAAAGGACCCUGCGAGUUCGCCUUACGCUCAGUCAGCUUUCUUUCUUUUUUUAUUUUUUUUAAAAACAAAAAAACGUAUUUUGGAGGCGGAGUUCUAUUCGUGGUGUGACCGAGCAGGACCGCGUGAUGGGUAAGUAGUAGGCCGCAUGUCGAGGUUUAUUGCCUUGGAAGCCAGCUUGGCACAUUGUGCAUGCCGUGCUAUGUGUGCUACACAAAUGGCUUCCUCACAGUCCACGUUGGACUCUAUUGGGUUAUUCAGUAACACUUAACCCAUGGGCCAUUAACAAGGUGCGUGGGAAAAUGGAGCAACACUAGCCAUAAUGGAGCAACACUAGCCAUAAUGGAGCAACACUAGCCAUAAUGGAGCAACACUAGCCAUAAUGGAGCAACACUAGCCAUAAUGGAGCAACACUAGCCAUAAUGGAGCAACACUAGCCAAACUGGAGCAAUACUAGCCAUAAUGGAGCAAUACUAGCCAUAAUGGAGCAACACUAGCCAUAAUGGAGCAAUACUAGCCAUAAUGGAGCAAUACUAGCCAUAAUGGAGCAACACUAGCCAUAAUGGAGCAACACUAGCCAUAAUGGAGCAACACUAGCCAUAAUGGAGCAACACUAGCCAUAAUGGAGCAUAGCCUUUCUCCAGGUACGAGCUGCACCGAACCGCCCCACCGCCUUUGCUGCGAGUUCGGCCUAACAUGCCUUUCUCCAGUAACUCCAUAUGUAGCCGAUUAGGGACUAGAUUGAUUUAGAAAAAAACUCGUUGCUUCCAGCUGCUUAUGAAUAGACUUCAACGGCCGCUAUUGUGUCAGACUCGGGGGUAGGCAACCAGCGAUGCUCCGGAUGGUGUGGACUACGAUUCCCAUAAUGCUCUUCAAGCCAUAGUGCAGGCACAUAGUCCACAACAUCUGGAGUGUGGAAUGGUGCCUUCCUCUGUUCUAGGUAAAACUUUAAUUGUCUGCCUGACUCUUUUUGAGGUAGUACUGCCAAGUCUUUCCCCAUCCCCUUAUAAUAGUACUUUUUAAAAGCGGCCUAUACAGAAGGUGCCCCCAUAACAGUUGCAUCACAGGCAUUGUAGUGCAAGCACAGCUGGAGGAUCAUCUAUCUACCUAUUGGUCCAAGUCCAGCGUCUCUCAUCCAUGGGCUUUUUUCGAUUAAAAUGUUUUACGGAGGUCUUUGUAGUGUCUGUGAUUUUGUCUUUUAAAUCAAUUCGCUAGACCUUAUUGCAUUCAACAGUUGAGAUUAAGCCACAUGUUGAGAGCCUAUUUUGAAGACUUAUGAUGAGCAAUAUUUGCCUCUCUAGCUGUUAUAGAGGGAUCCCCAUGAUUCUGUCAUUAUAGCUGAAAAGCUGGCUAAGGAAGCCAGCCACACUCUACAACACCUGGGGUGCCAAGUGCUCUAGUUAUUGGUGCAUCGUGCUACCUUCCAAAGCUUGGGCACUUAACUCUGUUAAAGUAGUUUUGUUGUUGUAUAGCAUCAUUGUACUGCAAUCAUGAUAUCGCAGGCCAUGCAGACACUACUAUGUAAAUCGAUAUGCAUAACUGUUUAAUAACUGAUUGAGAUCCAUAUUGAUGUAAGAGCAGAUAUUGUCUGAUAUAAAUAAUACAAAUUUGGUGGGUUCCAAGCUUUUAAAUUUUACCCAUCUAAUUAACAUUUUAAAUGCACUGUUACACCCCCUUCUCUUUUGAUACCUGAUAAAAAAACAUAGAUGACUAUUUUUUUUAGUCUGUAAAUGAUGAGUCUGGUAUUUUCUGCAAAAUAUAUUCAAUCAGGAAAAGAUCAUACACAAUCUUUUCAGUUCAAUUAGUGAAGUACUGCACAUAAACACCUUAACUUGAAAGGUAGAACUUGUCACAAAAAUAUGUGCAUUUUUAAAUUUAUUUAUAAAACACCUACUAAUAAUGCAGCGCUGUACAAUAGAUGGACUAACAAAUAGUUGUAUUAAAGCAAAUUGGGCUUACGGGAUCAGAAGGUGCUGAGGGCUCUGCUCAAACCAGUUUACAUUCUAAGGGGAAUAAAAAAAAUGACACAAGUAGUAAGGGUAAGAUAUAUUUCAUAUAAUAGGAAAACUAGGUUGAGUAGGUAAGUUUACAAAGGGGGCCUAAUUUUUGUAUGGCACUCUUGUAGGAGAUAAAGCAAGGUGCUUCUGUAUGGUAUAAGGAGGGAAAGCAAUUAACUUAAGUCACAUGUUUGCUUGAAUACCUGCGCUGCAUCACUUAGUAUCUCAAUGCAUCUUCUUGAGGAACAAGUGCUGUCCACUGAGUCAGUCAUGUAAUUUUUGCAGGACCACAUCCACAAAUUCCUCAGGUGGCUGUCCUUGUGGCAGCUGGUAGAGGUAAACUUAAAUGUAAAAACUGCCUUUUCUCAGGAAAGGGGUUGUUUACAAUGUUGAGGUUGUAAGGAUGCUCUUUUUGCCCUACAACCUCUUCAUUAAGUUGUAGUGGUUUGGGUACUGAGCAUCCUUUUAAGUAGUCAAAACAGCAAAUUGUUUGACUACUUGGGGUAAUCUGGACAGUAGUGGUUUUUGUAGUGUUAGUGUAGUCAUAUGUGCAUGUUCUGUGUAAGAGAAGGGUAAAUAAUGCUUGCCGACCUCUUGUAGAUUUUUCCAGGAAACGUAAGCGGAGUCGCUGGAAUGAUGAAACGCCCGACCAGAAAACCAUUAUCCCAGGGAUGCCUACAGUUAUUCCACCAGGGCUCAGCCGUGAGCAGGAAAGAGCUUAUAUAGGUAAUUUCUACAAUUUUCUUUUUAAUCCCCUAACUUCAUUCUAAAACUUUAAAGUUUCAAUGCUUAUUUGGAGUAGAGAAUAACUAAAUAAAUGUUUAUGUUUUAACACACCAUGUUUGACUUGUUUCCUCAAAUGUGAAAGUAUUUUUAAUAAUUUGUUUUAGUCCCGUGGUUUAGUUAAAAUGUUAUCAGUUAUUUUAAGCCAAUUCUCAUGCUUUCAGAAUGAGAAAUUGAAGUGAUCACUAUGCUGUAUUUUUGUAGCGUACAUUAUUGCAGUUAUUUGGUUCAAUCUUAUCUUAAUUAGAAGCUAACACCAGACAAAAUAUUUUUCCUUAAAGUCAAAUUAAGUUAAAACCCCUUUAGCUACUUACCUUUCUCUAGCGCUGGGCUCCUUCUGUGCUGGGGUACUCUCCUCCUCCUGCCGAUGUCAGCGGCGAAUGUGCGGCAAGAACCGCGUGCAUUCAAACUGCCCAUAGGAAAGCAUUACUCAGUGCUUUCCUAUGGACGUCAGUAUCUUCUCACUGUGAAGAUUAACUUGUGGAUUAACCCUCAGUGUAAACAUAUCAGUUUCUCUGAAACUGCUAUGUUUACAGCUGCAGGGUUAAAACUAGAGGGACCUGACACUCAGACCACUUCAUUGAGCUGAAGUGGUCUGGGUGCCUAUAGUGGUCCUUUAAACUUCAUUUUCAUUUGAGAUGGUCUAAUCUCCCAACUGCUGGAACAAGAGUUUAAAAAAAAAAAAAAAAAAUUUGCCCUCUUUUAUUCAUUCCCUUAGAGCGGAAUUAGUGUCAUACCAAUUUAUGUUGUAGUAUUGGUACCAUUAGGCUAAAGGAGCUGUCCCUGGUGUUUGGUCAAGCAGUUUUCCCAGACGUUUGACCAAAUCCAGGGGUUUCUGGGACAAUCACAGCCCCUGUAGCUUCUCACCAGGAUUGCUAUUGCAGAUGUUCCCCUUCCAAGUUAAAAUAUAGAUGAAGGUAAUAUUACUAACACCACUCUUUGCUUGAUCAGCUAACAUUCUCAGCCAGAAUUUUUAUUUUCUCAACUAAGUAUUAAGUCAGCUAUCAUGUUUCCAUACACUGUAUUGCUCAUUGCUCCUCACUUGGUUAAAGACACUCCAAAUCCCUAAAACACUUUAGCUUGCCAAAGUGCUUUAUUUAUGCAGUCAUUUUUUAUUUUUAUUUUACAAAAUGUGCAAAAUUCAAUCCAAAAGAAAUGAGUCCCUUUAAUAUGCUGGUCUCUUAAUAAAAAAAGUGUGGAUCUGGCCUGCAGAUAGGCUCAAUGCCCUGAGUGCACUGCAUAGUGUGAAUGCAUUUAUUAAAGGGACACUAUAGUCACCUGAACAACUUCAGCUCAAUGAAGUUGUUCAGGUGAGAACUAUAGCCCCCUGCAGCCUUUCUGAGAAAAUAGUGUUUACAUUGACAGCUAGGAACACCUCCAGUUGCAGUCACUCAGAGUGAAUCAGGGGGACUUCUGAGUUGAUGGAGGCAUAAUAUGCCUCCAUCCACUCAGAUCUGCUGUGCACGAGCAUCCUGUGAUUAAGUAACUCCUCCCACUGCAUGCAGACACUGAACUUUCAUUGAUUCAAUUCAUCUCUAUGAGGAGAUGACUGGCCAGGGCUGUGUUUGAAUCAUGCUGGCUCUCCCCCUGAUCUGCCUCCUUGUCAGUCUCAGCCAAUCCUAUGGGGAAGCACUGUGAUUGGAUCAGGCUAUCACAUGUCAGCAGACUGCUUGUUUUUCCUGAGUCUAACAGUAUGCAGAUUUACAGCUUUUGGCUUGAAUACAGUAAGAUUUUUAUAUUUAUGGAGGCAUGAGGGGCCCAGGGAGCUAGAUGGUCGUGUUAACACUAUAGGGUCAGGAAUACAUAUAGUUGCACUGGUGACUAUAGUGUCCCUUUAAUAUAUUUGCUCUGAACUUACAAACUGCAAUUCUCUGGUAUCCCACAUCUGAGGAUAACCAUGGAACAAACUAAGCACAGAAGACCUAGAUACACCCAAUAAAAAAAAUGCAUAAUUAGUAACAUGCAUGUUUUUAUUCAGGGUACAUCUAAAACACUAUGUGCACUACAGCUUUGUAGUAGUUAUUGUGCCAGCAGUGCAUGCCCAGUGUAUGUAGCCCAAGUUACCCUUCUUUGCUCUCUAAUAUGUCUCAGCCUAGCAGGAUUUUCUAUACCCUUUUCUAAUCCUACUCUGACCCAAGUCAAUGCACUGUCCAAAGUUGCUAUCAUCGGCUUCCUCUUUGUAGAUUUCCACUGAUUAGAAUAAUUACACUCAAAGUGUACUAUUAAUUUACCAUAAGAUUGUAUAAAUAUGCCUGCUGCUGGACUAGGUAAUACUAUCGUGUUUUUUUGUGUGUAUUUUAUCUGUUAGGAACACUCCAUUAAUACACAUGAAGUGUGUGUAUAUAUAUUUUUUUUUUCUGCAGGUUUUCUUUGAAGGCAUAUGGGGAAAAAAAAACAGCUUGCCAAAGCCACAUAUGUUUUGUCUGCAGCCUUUGUAAGACAUUCUCUUUAUCCCUGGUACAGACUGAAUUGAAGCUUCUUGGUUAAGCUUCAAGUGUACAGAGGACUUUCCUUUCACAAAAUUAGCAUACAGUUUAACCUUCUGUGUCUACCACUUUCAUUAGUUUUAUGUAGCCAAUGGAAGUUGAAGAAAACCUCCCUUGCAAUCUUCAGAUCUAGGGAUAUGUUACAGCAACUCAGUUCUAAAAGUGCCCAUUUCUAUUGAAAACAGCACUUGUAUUAAUUUAGAAAUAAUUAGAAUAAAUACACACAGAUCAUUUUAGCAAGAUGAAGUUUUGUUUUUACAGUGGUCAUUUAAAGAGACACUGUAAUUAUAACAAUUUCAUCUCUUUGAAUUGGCUAUAGUGCCCUGUCAACUUCCCUCUUUUCGGUGUUAAACCAUUUCUAGCUGUUUAACAUUAAAUAAAGGUGUCUGGCCACCCACAGUCUGGUCCCUAUUGGGGGUGUGGCCAGGGCAUAGAUUCCUUGUAGAAAAUCAAUGCAUCUCUAUGAGGAAUGUUAAAGGACCACUAUAGUGCCAGGAAAGCAUACUCGUUUUCCUGGCACUAUAGUGCCCUCAGGGUCCCCCUCCCAUCCGGCUCUGGAAGGGUGAAAGGGGUUAAAUCUUACCUUUUUCCAGCGCUGGACGGGGAGCUCUCCUCCUCCGAUCCUCCUCCUCUCCUCCCCGUCGGCUGAAUGCGCACGCGCGGCAAGAGCUGCGCGCGCAUUCAGCCGGUCGCAUAGGAAAGCAUUAUCAAUGCUUUCCUAUGGACGCUGGCGUGCUCUCACUGUGAUUUUCACAGUGAGAAUCACGCAAGCGCCUCUAGCGGCUGUCAAUGAGACAGCCGCUAGAGGAUUUGGGGGAAGGCUUAACCCAUUCAUAAACAUAGCAGUUUCUCUGAAACUGCUAUGUUUAUAAAAGAAUGGGUUAACCCUAGAAGGACCUGGCACCCAGACCACUUCAUUAAGCUGAAGUGGUCUGGGUGCCUAGAGUGGUCCUUUAAGUGUCUCUAGGAAGAGGGUGGAUACCACUGUGCAGCACUGCCCCAGGAAGCACCUCUAGUAGCAAUCUGAGUGGCCAGUGGAGGUAUCCCUAGUCUGUAAUGUAAACACUGCAUUUUCUCUGAAACUACAGUCUUUACUGCAAAAGGCCUGAAGGGAAUGAUUAUCUUACCAGAACAAAUACAAUAAGCUGUAUUUGUUCUGGUGACUAUAGUGUCCCUUUAAAAAGGGUUUCGGUCAUGACAAUACAACAUAAUCUUAAAUUAGAAUAUCAAAAUUCAUCUAUACAUUGUACUAGUAAACUGCCAGAUUUAUCCAAAGAUAGCAGUUAAUAAACAGUUAUGGGAAGCAAGCCUGUUCUUCCCAAAUAAGGGUAUAUGGAAGAGGUGUGUCUUAACACCAACUAAAAACCAAUUUGAUUUAUGGGGUUAAUGGAAAUAAAUUUCAAUUAGUUUACCGUAUUUUGAGGAGCAAAUUAUACUAUGACAUGAUUAAAGCCAGAUGGUUAGAAAACUGCCCACAUAUAUUGCAACAGGUUCACUUUAAAGAACAUGCCCUUGUGCACUUUGUGGUUACGAUUUACCUGAUUGCCUCAACAUAAGACCUUGUUGUGCAGUUUGUCAAAUAAUCCUCUGCUUAGAUCUGUAUGCAAAGAGCUGGAGAACACUCCUACAAACGAUUCUCCUGCUCUGUCAGAUAUUCUCCCAGCACACGUUUCUUAUUAUGCGCAGUUAUAGUAAGUGGUCACCAAUGAGCUGGCAGACAAGCUAUCAAAUUGGCAACAUUAGGGAGAAUGGCCAUGGUUUGUGAAGUGUCCCCAAACAGGUUCAAUUGCAACAGAGGGCAGAAUCUGGGGUGGUUAUUCAAACAGUGUAACACCCAUCAGUGCUGAAGUUUAAAGAAAUAAAACUGCCAAAGAUGGUCAUGUAACCGCUUAUAUGGCUCAAAGUGCAGGUGCAAUUCUUGGAAACAAACAUUGCGAACACUCUACACGUUUACACAGUUAAUUAAAAGAAAAAAAUGGCAGUAAACUCGUAUUCUGGCAUUUGGACAUUAUCCUCUCUGUCAACCAAUCUGUCCAUGGUGUACUACAGUCCAGUCUGAUGCUUUGUGUACCUACAAUGCAUACACAGAAAUGACCACUCUUAACCAAUCCGCUCAAUCAUAGAGCAGGAACUAAAAUGAAGCAUGAUGUGGACUCAUGGGGCUGGCAAGUGUUGGCGGGAAGUGGAGCUUUAUUAAUAUGGAAGGCAUGAAGCAGUUGUCAUUGUUGCAUGCAUGUUUGGGCAGUGAAGUAUUAAAUAAGGAAUAGAUAGAUUGAAAUAAAGAAUGGCUGAUUUUUUUUAAAUUGGCUAUGAAUUCUACUUUGCACUGGAAGAAAGAUGUAUGUGGUGAUGUCGGUGUGUUCUUGUGCUGUUGAGUUUAACAUGGCUUAAAUAAGUUUUAACCUAUCCUUAGUAUCUUACCAUAGUAGGUCUUUAAACAAUUCCUUCAAUCUGUUCAAAACUAGCUGUAGAUCUUGAUAACCAUGGCAAGAACUGGUUAAGUGCAGGAUAUUUAAAAGUUCCCAAAAAUGUUGUUCUUUAAAAUUUUACAAUUAAAGUAGAUGGACCACCUCCUAUUCCAUUUUUCUGGUGUUAGUUACUGUUAAUUGUGUUUUCACAUUGUAAACUGCAAUCUUGUAUAUCAAGAAACAAAAAAUCAAUUUUAUACAUAAAAUUUCUGUUUUUGUAGUGUUAUAUCUUAGAAGCUUUGUUUAACCACUGGUUUAUGAUGUCGGCAAAGUAAUGUUGGAAUAUUUUGUUUCCAGUUAAAUUGUAAGGUUUAAAAUGUUUAAAUGUGAGCAGCAAUGUCAAUCACAUACGCAAAGUUUCAGUUAUUUACAAUUUUGUUUUGAUUUGUUUUCCAGUAGUUUUGUUUUAUUUUCCUUUUUUUUUUGUUUUUUUGGCAACAGCAAUAAACUAUGCUUUUUAUUUUAAAGACCUUUUUUUUUUUUAAAUCUGUUAUACCUUAAUAGUGGUCCUUUGCACCUGAAUUAUUACAGUUGCAUUUUUUUUUUUUUGAGAAAAUGUGUUAUUGGCACACCAUCACUCUCGAACUGUUUCCAUUAUCAUAGAGGCCAAAGAAACAUACAUCCACUAGUAAGGCAGUGAUUGCAUGAAUUUUUCUAUGAACCCUGCAAAGUUAAAUGGCUCCAGUGGUUGUUGUGCAUGAAUUAAGUUAACCCCCCCCACCCCCACAAAAAUUUAAAAUUUUUUAAGUUUUGAAGUAUCUCGUCAAAAUGAACUAGUUUUAGGUCUGAGGGUGUAUCACUACCAAGGUAGUAUAGAAUGGACCAAAAUUGUUACUAUACAGUUGCCACUAACCCUUUGACAUGUUCACCCUUUUUCAUAAUCAGAUUUUAACUUGUUCUCUCUUGGUGAUUCAGAAUGUUGUGGGUUUAAUUCUUUUUUCCUUGUUGGGUUUAUAACAACUUUCUCCCGUUCCUUUUUUUUGUUUUCUAACCUGCUUUCUUCCAGUUCAACUGCAAAUUGAGGAUCUGACUCGCAAGCUUCGCACGGGAGACCUGGGCAUCCCCCCUAACCCAGAAGACAGGUUGGGAAACCCCCUCCAUUCGCUUGUAAAGCUGACAGUAACGGUUUCACCUUCUCUUGGGUUCUUUAAUUUCUAUAUUUUUGUUUGAUGUGGGAUUUGUAUUAGAAUUGAGUGUCAGAAAACAGUUUUUCUUGCUAGUUUUUCAUUGGCAAUGUUAAGAUUUAUAAAUAUUGCAUAAAACAGAUUGCCAGUAAUUGGUUUGGGACAUUUUGCUUUUCAGGCACUUAAUGGUUAUUGUUGUGCAAUGUUUUAAAUUGUGCUUUCUUAUGGUGAACUAAAACUAUAUAUAGGCCGCCAGAAAAGUAUUGUAGUUCUUAUAAGAUAUCUGUAUGGAUUGCAGUUAGACCUGGCACAUAGUCCCAAUGUGUUUAGAAGUAGUGUGGAGAUGAAUACGGAUUUCUUCUGUUCUUAAAGGGAUUCUCUAGUGCCAGGAAAACAAACCUGUUUUCCUGGCACUGUAGAAUAUUGGAGUGCCCCCCCCCAAUCCCACUUCAGACACUUGCCUGAAUCCAGCGCUGAUGUCCCUCGGUGCUGGUUCGGGCUCCGCCCACGCUUCUCCCCCGCUGACAUCUGCCGGCGGGGGAGACCUAAUGGGCGUGCGCAUUAGACCUCCCCAUAGGAAUUUUUUUUAGUACUUUCCUAUGGGGAUUCUUUCGACGCUGGAGGUCCUCAUGCAUAGCGUGAGGACGUCUAGCGUUUUUUAGACAACUAAAAAUCGUCUAAGAAGCCAGAAGUCCCUCUAGUGUCUGUCUGUUAGACAGCAUCUAGAGGAGUACUUAACCCUGCAAGGUAAUUUCAGUUUAUAAAAACUGCAAUAAUUACACUUGCAGGGUUAAGGGUGAUGGGAGUUGGCACCCAGACCACUCUAGUGGUCUGGGUGCCUACAGAGUCCCUUUAGAAAAACACUAUAGGGUCAGGAACACAAACCUGUAUUCCUGACCUUAUAGUGUUAAAAACGCCUUCUAGCCCCCCCUAAAUAUAGUAAUAUCAUACCUGUAUUCCAGUCUGCUGGUACUGGCUCUGCCUCCUUGACUGACAUCAUCAGAAGUGGUGAUCUCAACCAAUCACAAUGCUUUCCCAUAGAAAAGCUUCGGAUUGGCUGAGAUUGUCAAGGAGACAGACCCUGGGGCAGAGCCAGCACAAGCCAAACACAGCCCUGGCCAAUCAGCAUCUCAUUAAAUCAAUGCAUCUCUGAGGAAAGUUCAGUGUCUGAUUGCGGAGAGUGAGGACACUGAAUGUCAAUGCGGCACUCUGUGCAGCACUACUCUUGGAAACACCUCUAGUAACCAUCUGAGGAGUGGUCACUGGAGGUAUGUAAUAUAAACACUGCCUUUUCUCAAGAUAGUGUUUACUGCAAAAAGCUUGCAAGGACGGACUAUGUUCAAUAGAACUACAAUAAGCUGUAGUUGUUCUGGUGAGUAUAGUGUCCCUUUUUAGUUUGAUUUUGUUUGUGAAAUUACUAGACCAAGACUUAAUUCAGAUUAGUCUUCACAAAGGAUAUAUGUAACCACACAGUAUAAACCCAAUUUUACUGAAGAAACCCAGAAGUGUUAGGAAUACAGGUUUGUAUUCCUAACGAUUGAGUGCCUUUGAUCUUAUGUAUUUUCAGAUCAGCACCACAUGUGCAGCAAAAAUUUAGAAAAUUUUAAGUUUUACUUGCCCUUUACCAGCGCCUAAGCUCCCAAGGCGCUGCUUAGCUUUAUUCCCACGUGAUUUUGCGGUGGCUACAUGGACUAUUCCACAAUGGUCUAAUUGAGUGCUUCAGGGCUGGUUGCACACUUCCAUUGAAUCAGUGCUAUCCAAUGGGAGCUUCUGCAUCACAUCAGAGCUUUACUCGGUUAGUACAUCGUAGGUGUCAAUAGAGGAGGAUUUAAAGUAACACUGCGCUGCCCAAAUAUAACAAUGUUAAUUAGAUAUACCACCAAUGAAAACAUGCAUACAUCUAAUCAUGCAUUAUUUCAUUGGGGUAUGUUUAAAAAAAAAAAGUGCAAAAGCUGCAUGCAGUUCUCUUGUCUGCUGCCUUUGCAAUUCCUAGCCCUUUUCCCCAGGCCAGACUCUAUUUUUAUUUCCUUCCUUUUUAGUUUUUUUCUUUCAUUAAUAAACGCUUUCAUUUUACUUUCUUUUUUAAACAUUUUUUUACAAGCAUUAUGUGCUGCUUUAAAGUUACAUCAGUAAUUAUUUGUCAAAUUACGCUCAUAGAAAUAAAAAGUAACAUACGUAACUACAACAAUACAUUAAGAAUUGCUGAUCAAUUCCUUUUUAACUUAUUUCUUAAUUAUUUCAGCAGAUUCUUAAACAAUCACUAAAUAAGCCGACAAAACAUUUUGGCAUGGAGACCAUUUUCGUUGGGUUAUAUUUAACUCAGUGAUUGUUUAGAUUGUUCAAUUUACAUGACACUAUAUUCACCAUAUUCAUUUUCCUAGUUUUGUUUAGCCAACCAGUUUUCCCAUAUUUUCUUAUGCAAAAAUAAUUUGUCUUGCUAAAUAAUACAUUUUUUCCUUUUAAGCACUGGUUAAUUAUCAGACUUUCCAAUGCAGUUUAAUGAUGCAUCUUUGCAGUUGCCUUCCUCUUGAGUUAAAGGACCACUAUAGUGCCAGGAAAACAAACUGGUUUUCCUGGCACUAGAGGGUCUUUAGGUCCCCCCCCACCCUCAGGAUCCCACUCUUGCUGGACUGAAGGGGUUAAAACACUUACCUUUCUCCAGCACCGGGCUCCCUCGGCGCUGGGGAACUCUCCUCCCUCUGCCAACGUCAGCGCCGAAUGCGCAAGCAUUCUCAAUGCUUUCCUAUGGACGUCCAGCAUCUUCUCACAGUGAGAAUCGCGGAAGCGCCUCUAGCGGCUGUCUGUGAGACAGCCACUAGAGGCUGGUUUAACCCUCAGUGAAACAUAGCAGUUUCUCUGAAACUGCUAUGUUUUCAGCUGCAGGGUUAACACUAGUGGGACCUGGCACCCAGACCACUUCAUUGAGCUGAAGUGGUCUGGGUGCCUAUAGUGGUCCUUUAAACACCACUGAGCUAACCAAACCAGAAAGUAGAAAGUGACAGUUUCUAUUGGAAUAUGUACCAGUAAAAUGAACAGAAGAAAAACACUCCUCACAUAUAAAGCAUUUCAGAAAGCUGAAGUGCUUUAGGUGUCUGGAGUGUCCCUUUAACCCAGCAAUGUAAGCAUUGCAUUUUUGUUAUAACUGCAGUUGUUUUAUAUUGCAGGGUUAAAAGGAGGUGAACUUCAUUUAGUUGAAGUGUCCAGAGUGACUUUAGUAGUCAUUUAAAUUUUGGCUGCACAUACAAACUCAAAGCAACAUGACUACUUCAAAUCACGGAUGUGGUUUUGGUUCUUGGUGUAACACUUUAAUGACUCAAAGCUUUGUUUUUUAAAUUCAAUCUAGUGUUCACUUUCUCAUAAAGAAAGGUACAUGCAUCAUAUGCUGCAAGUAAUUUCUUAGUUGCAGCAGAAGUGCUUGAAGUGAUGUAGAGAAUUAUUUAACUCUAAUUUGAUAAACCUGUUUUUGCUAAAUUGCUUGUUUUGUCUAUUUGGUGAUUAUUGUUUUUUAAAAGUUGUAAAUGUUAAAAUUGUAAAGUUUAUCCUGCUAAGAUUCCCUUUAUAGGUUAAAUCUGAGGAAAGCUAGAUCGUUUAUUACUUCAGUUGAUUAGAAACAGGCAUGCUCAAGGUGUUUCUAGCAAAUCCUUUUUGGUAUUUAGCCUGUCUGGGGAAAUAAAUGAAAACUUGCAAUGUUUUCUGAUCACUCAAUUCUAGUUCUAAAACCACAGCUAACCAUUUACUUGUGAGUCUUUAUAAAUUGUUGCUGAAUGUUCACCUUGGAUUUUUGCAAAGUUUUUGGUUUGAAUAAAAUUAAAAAUCCUUUGUAACUUAAAUUUUUUUGCAGAAUCCAAUGUGACCACUUGGCCAAAGUGUUGGGUUUAUUCCAUAUGCACUGUAUAUUAGUCUAUUUGGGGGUUUCUAAACUGCAUUGCAUAAAGGCAGAGAGAGUGCUGGUUUAAAUGUUUUCUUCCUGAUUUUAAAACAGGUUCAGCCUUGUGCCUUAUUGAGCAGAUAGUUAAAACCUGUUCUAUACUGAGUUUAGCAAUGCAGAAUUUUGAUCUACACUUGUCAAGACAGGUUGCUAGAUCAUUCUUUUGCUCAAGUGUGUGUGGUUUUUUUUUGUUUGUUUUUUCCGCUUAAGUGAAAUCACCUAGUUACUUUAAUGCCAACCAUACAUGUGCAUAUUUAAUGUUUGUGGAUGACGAAACAGAGAUUCAAGUGAUGAUUAUGCAAGUCUAGAGUAGAUACUAUAUACACUAGUUAUUUUAAACAUAUUGUGAAGGCAGUAAAAAUAUAAAUUCUAUUUUUACUGCCAUUUACUUUUCAUGCUGUUGCUGUGUAUAUAUAGGAUUUGUGAUUAUGCUAGUUUACUAAUAUUGUUUGCCUGUGUUUUCAAAAUAUUGCAGUUGUUUACUAUACAAAUGUGUAUUUGUCUGCAGCUUUAUAUAGAAACAUACAAUUAUCUAAGAGUAGCAUAUAUUUAAUGCAUACCCACUUAUGGUUUGCACUCUUGUGAUAACUUGGGCAUGUAAAUUUCCCUUAAACAUUUGCAGCUGUUCCAUUAUAUUAGCAUGCCUUUAUAAUGUUUCAGAAACCCAGAGCUGUAUUAAGAGAAGUUACAAUAUCAGGUUUUUACAAUCUUAAUCUAAUUAAUAAUCUUCCAUGUGAUAGCAUUAAUUAAUUUUUGGGUUCUAUAUGCGAACACAUGUAAAAUAGUGAUUUACUACAAAACUCAUCUAUAGGGUACAUUCUCAGUUGCUAGUGGGCUGGGACCUUAACAAUCCAAUUUCUUUCAAAUGUGUCAGCAGCCAUUUUGUUUGACUCAAUCAUAUUUGGAGCGUCAAAAGGCGCUUAAAUUGCAGUUUCAGUUUGAUUCUUAUAUCCCUAACCUAAUCCUUUUUUCUGUGCUCCUUAUGUGUCAUUAACCAUUAUUUGUUGGAGGAAAUUCAGGUUUGAAAAGGUAACCCAUUUACCUUUCUAAUGGUUAAUAACCUUUGCACCUUUUUAAACAGGUUUAAGCCACUGGGCCCCUUUAAAAAGGUUUAUCAGCAGAAGUGUAUUAAUAACCCUAAUCUUUGUUUUUUGUUUUUCCCAAGCAGUCCUCACAUUAAAUGUACUUUCAGCCGCGUAAUUAACUUUUUGCAGCGUUAACCAGCUGAUUUUCUCUUUAAUAGCAAAUGAGUUUUUAUUUUUGCCCAACUCUAACUAUGUCCUUGUUCCCUCUUCAUCAUAUAUUUCAAACUUGUGUGGUAGAAUUGCACACAAAUGAGUUUGCCUGAAGGAUUUUCGAAUCUGAUCAUAUAAUCCACCUGGCAUUAUUAAUAAUGGAGGCAACAUACAGGAACUUGUCUUAUUCUUGCAUGAAAGGGAUACUAUAGGCAUCAAAAAAACUUAAUUAAGCAGUUUUGGUGUAUAGAGAAGGCCCCACCAGUCUCACUGCUCAUUUAUCUAUUUAAGAAUUAAAUCACUUUUGUUUCUGUCCAUGUAGCCCUAGCCACACGUCGCCUGGCUGUGACUCACACAGCCUGCAUGACAAUGUCUUCAUUUUCAAAUGGAGGUGUAGACAUUUUUAUCUCCUGCUCUUUGAAUUGAACUAUAAUCACACACAGGCGGCUACUGCAGGAUCUAGAAGCUAUCAACUGAGUAGGAGAUACAAAACUCUAAAUUAAAGAGAAUGUGCAAUAAAGGAAGUUUUAAACAUUAGAUGUCACUUCACAAGAAGUGUUUAGUAAGGCUGUGCAAGUCAAAUGCAGGAAGGUGUGGCUAGGGCUGCAUAAACAGUGAUUUAACUCCUAAAUGGCAGAGAGUUGAACAGCGAGACUGCAGGGGCAUGAUCUGUACACUAGAACUGCUUCAUUAAGCUAAAGCUGUUUUGAUGCCUAUAGUAUCCCUUUAAGGAUAAUGUUAAAAAUAAGCCGACUUAUGUUAAUUCUGGGAGUUUCCUGUAGAGUAAAGAAUUGUCUUAAAGUAGUGCUUGACAUAAUUUAGUUGCAGUGGCUCCUGAAACUUGCUGGUGGUGGAGUCUUUUAAAUAGAACCAGAUGUGUGUAUACCUCUUCCCAGCUUUAAAAGAAAUGAUCCUAAAUAGGUCUGUCUGACACGUGUCAACUGCCAUUUGGUUUCCAUAAGUAAAAAUCUAGUAUGUCCUUACAUAGCUUAGAAAAUACAUAUUCCUUUUUAUAUAAAAGAUUUAAUGCUUAAAUGUUAAUUAUUUUUAAUUUGGCAGUAUGAUUGUGCAGGCAAUCUUUUUCGAUAGGAGCGUUCAUUGGUGAUACUGUGCACCAUUUACAGGUGUAGAAAAAUAAACAAAUGUAGUUUUAAAUGAUGAAUGUGACUAAAGAAUAACGUACCAUUCUUUUUAACGGCAUUGUGUUAAAUUAGCUUCCCUAGUUACACGCUGCAAAGACAGUGACCUGUUUAGUUAUAGGUUCUAAUGAUUACAUUCUGGCCGACACAGAACAUUCCUCAACAGAUGCGCAAGAGAACAUGCCAAUUCAACAUGUUAUGUUUCUUCAAAUUUACAACUUUGUUACCAUAUUUUUAUGCAAUAUUCUAUAUAAAAGCUUUUUUUAACAGUGUACAUCGACUUUAAUUAAUCUUUGCUUCCUUUCAAAAGUUCUGAUGUUACUGACUCUCCUUCACACAGGUCUCCAUCUCCAGAACCCAUAUACAACAGCGAGGGUAAACGUCUUAACACACGGGAAUUCAGGACGCGCAAGAAACUGGAAGAGGAGCGCCAUAACCUAAUAACCGAAAUGGUGGGAUUGAAUCCAGACUUCAAGCCACCUGCUGACUACAAGUAAUGUCUAAUAAUGUAAAACGUAUUUUGACAAAUGAGAAACACUCAGAUGUACAAAUAUUUGUGUGUAACUAAAAAACCGCAAAGUUACCAAUGUGAAAGAGAAGCAAACACAUUUAUCACUUUUAAAUCUGAAUCAGAGUUGCAUCAAUUAAUGGUACAAUCAAACAUGUGAUAUGCUUAUUGUUUACUGGAGUAAUCAAGAUUUUGGUUCUUAUUUUAGAUUUGCAUAUAAAAUUUCACUACAAUUGUGAAUUGUCUGUUUGGCUACUGUCUGGCUUUUUUUGUCUACCAAUGGGAGAGAACCCCAGGAAAAAAUGAAAUUACUAACAGUUAAUCACUGAAAUUUGUAGACUAAACAUGAAUAAAAUCUUUAACCCCUUAAGGACACAUGACAUGUGUGACAUGUCAUGAUUCCCUUUUAUUCCGGAAGUUUGGUCCUUAAGGGGUUAACCGCCAUAUAAUUACAAAGGCUGAACAAAUCCUAGAACUUCAAUAUAUUCUUAAAAAUAAAAGCUAAUGAGCUUUGGAAAGGCACCAUAUUCCAGCUAUAUAACACUGGAAUAGCAUUAAUUAGGUUGAAGAGUAACUAUGACUUCUGAUAGUGACAGUUCCUCACUAAUAAAUGAAAAACCUGGAUUAGGCACUAUGUGCAAGGUAAUAUAAGUCCUUUGGAGGUUACAUUAGCUUAUGUUUGUAAUCAUUCAAGUUUUAAGACUUGUAAAUUAAAUUGAACUGUCUGUUCAUUUUGGCUGGAUGUCUCAGAUACUUAGUGUUGAACCGAAUAACAAGUGUAAAUUAGCAAUAUAACUGUAAAUGGUAUAUUGGUGCUUUCCUAAUUACUUGAAGCUGUAUGUAUACACAAUAUUUGAUAUAAAGUGUAAUACUGGAACAAUGGUGAGAGAUAUGUAUCAUACAUGCACACUUUACAUUAUGUAAUUCUGUAAUACAAAAAAAAGGACCUUACCUUUACAUCUUGAUGUUCCAAUCAUAUGUUUUCUUUUUCUUUUUUCAGACCACCAGCUACCCGUGUCAGUGAUAAGGUCAUGAUACCGCAAGACGAGUACCCAGAGAUUAACUUUGUUGGUUUACUUAUUGGACCGAGGUAUGCAAGUUGUAUUUGCUCUAAAUAAAAUGGAAAUCUAUCAUAAAGAAACACGAUAGGAUCUGAAAUAAACGUAUAUAUCAUACCCUAUAGUGUUAAAUGCACUAUUUAGCUGUCCUGACCUUCCUUUACCCUCAUAUUUUUUUAUUCCUUUAUUCAUGCGCUCUGUGGGCCUGCUGACGCUGGCCCUGAUCAAUCACCUUAGCUAAGAUCAUCAGAAUUAAAGAUCUCAGCCAGUCUAGUACCAAUCAACAUCUUCUAAUAAAGAUGCAUUGACACUGCAUCUCUGAGUAAAGUUCAGUGCUUCCAUGCAGAGCGUGGAGACGCUGUACGACCCUAGAAGUACCUAUAAUGGCUGUCUGAAUGACUGCCACUGGAGGUUUCCCUAGGGAGCCAUGUAAAUGCUGCUUUAUCUUUGAAAAGGCAGUGUUUACAGCAAAAAUCCUACAGGGAUACUCGCCAGAACUACAUUAAGCUAUAAUUCAGGUGACUAGUGUCCCUUUAAUUUAUAUGCUUCGGAUAUGGCUUGUAUUUUGUAUGUUUCUAGAGUCACUCUUUGGUUUAAUUAUUUCAAGAUGUUGGAUACAAGGUUUUUCUUGUGUUUAAUGUGAAUCAUAAACUUUCUUACUCUGUGCGGCCAUUAAACAAUCAUCUGUUCUUUGCAGAGGAAACACACUAAAGAAUAUUGAGAAAGAAUGUAAUGCGAAAAUUAUGAUCAGAGGCAAAGGCUCCGUGAAGGAGGGAAAGGUGGGUCGGAAGGAUGGGCAAAUGCUUCCUGGUGAGGAUGAGCCACUACAUGCCUUGGUAACAGCCAAUACUAUGGAAAAUGUCAAGAAAGCAGUAGACCAGGUAAUUGCCAAACCUUUUUUGUUCACACUUGCGUUAAGUAUUAUUGCAUUCUGUUUAUCAGGCUUUCUUCUGCAGUACUUUGUGACUCAAAUUUGCUCUUCAAAUGUAUUGAUCGCUGUAGUAGGAAAAAACAUCUGUAGCUAAGAAAUCCAGGCCCAUAAAAGUAAUGUGUUUAUACUUUGUCUUCUAUUCCUAGAUCCGUAAUAUCCUGAAACAAGGUAUAGAGACACCUGAAGAUCAGAAUGACUUGCGUAAAAUGCAGCUUCGUGAAUUGGCAAGACUCAAUGGAACGUUAAGAGAGGAUGAUAACAGGUUGGCUAAUUUAUGGGGAUCAUUGUAAAGAAUCACCCAUACCCUCACUUCCAGUUUAAUGCUGUAUCUUUUGUUUUUAGAAUCCUGCGUCCAUGGCAGAGCACCGAAACACGAAGUAUCACCAACAACACCCUGUGCACAAAAUGUGGAGGUGCAGGGCACAUUGCAUCUGAUUGCAAGUUUAACAGGUAUCAUUUCUGGCAAGCAAAUUGUACUUCUAAGUAUUUGUAAUUCUGUAUUCACUAGUUUUACAUGGUUAGUAAAUGUACUCAAAUCUGAAUCCUUACCAUCAGUAAUUUUGAGUAUUGAAUGGCUAUUUUUACAUCUGAUGCGGAGAGAAAAUUGUGUGGACAAUGGUUUUGAUUAGUCAGGACAACGUUCUCUGUAUUUAAUGACUGUAGGUUGAUUAUGCCUAUUGAGUGCAUGCAUAAUUUUAAACAUAUUGGUGUGCCUGUUAUUUGACUUUUUUAUUUUUUGCAUAAAUGUUUAUUUUCAGUGUUCCCGUACGUCCGGGAGAGCCACAAUCUGCGCAGGACAAAGCAAGGAUGGAUAAAGAAUACCUGUCACUGAUGGCAGAACUAGGAGAGGCCCCUGUCCCAACAUCCAUGGGACCAACCAGUACUCAAUCCCAUAAUUCCAUUCAAGGAGCACCGCGGCCCACUGGGAUGACAGGAAGCCAACCUCUUAUGGUAAGCAAGAAACUACCCUAUUGUACUUUUCAAGUGUUCCAUUAAUAUUAACCUGUUCACCAAUUCCUGUAUUUGGGUGACUUCAUGUCAUAUCCACACAUUAAAAAAUGCUUUUUUAAAAAUUUUUUUAUUAAAGCUUUAUGCUUAAAGGACCACUAUAGUGCCAGGAAAACAUACUCGUUUUCCUGGCACUAUAGUGCCCUGAGGGUGCCCCCACCCUCAGGGACCCCCUCCCGCCCGCCUCUGGAAGGGGGAAAGGGGUAAUAACUUACCUUUUUCCAGCGCUGGGCGGAGAGCUCUCCGCCUCCGAUCCGCCCCGCCGGCUGAAUGCGCACGUGCGGCAAGAGCUGCGCGCGCAUUCAGCCGGUCUCAUAGGAAAGCAUUUACAAUGAUUUUCACAGUGAGAAGCACGCAAGCGCCUCUAGUGGCUGUCAAUGAGACAGCCACUAGAGGAUUAGGGGGAAGGCUUAACCCAUUCAUAAUUAUAGCAGUUUCUCUGAAACUGCUAUAAUUAUGAAAAAAUGGGUUAACCCUAGCUGGACCUGGCACCCAGACCACUUCAUUAAGCUGAAGUGGUCUGGGUGCCUAGAGUGGUCCUUUAAGUGCAACUCUUGCUGAAUGCAAGACUAAAUCUUAUUAUAAGAUGCUACUAAACUAUUUUCUUUUAUGCUUUUAUGGCUUGUUUCCUCGAACAAGGAAUGCUACAUAACGAACAUACCACUUAUUUUACAUAUUCCCUAUGCAGAAGAAACACUAAAACCAAAUGCUUGGAAUUUUAUUUCCUUGAUUUAUUCAUUGAAACAUGUUCUAAUUAACUUAAUUUCUGCUGUAAGAUAUUUAUAUGUAAACAUUCCCUAACCUAAUAUAUGCAUAUUCCUACCCAAGUAUACAAUAUUUAGUAUACCUGAAAAGAUCUACUAAGGCAAUCCAUAAACACUCUGGCUGUUCAGCUGUAAAAUAUAUAAUAAGCUCUUGAUGAGUAAUAUAACUUAAUGUGUGCUGUAACUAACAUGUAUUCGAGUAUUCUGAUUCUUUUGUUCAUUUUCCUGGAAAUGUAACUUGCAAAAUGUGAUUAAUGUCUGUUGGGGCAACAAGAAAUUCUUUGCAUGUUUAAACUUAAAUUUUCAAUGUAUCCUUUACUUAUAGAACAGACCUCCAUGGAUGGCCGCAGAUCGACCAUAUCCAUCAAUCCAUGGAGCCCCCCACUCUUUCCCUCAUCCCAUGGGUGCUGCUGGGAAUGGUCCUCCUCUCCAGCACAAUCACAAUCCACAACACCAUUGGAUGCAGCCUCACCCUGGAACUCAUCAUCCUAGUCCUCAUAUGGGUAAGUUAAAUGGACAGUUUAGGUUGCUUACCGCACCAUAACUGCACCUAAAUGAAAUUUUUAUGGUGCCAGGAAGCUGCCAUACACACUUAUAUUCAGGGGUUAAACCUUUCCCAAAGGGUUUACCCCAAAGUUCCCUCCAGUGCUGGUCUUCCUCUCUCCCCCAGGUGACAUCUGUGAGCUGUCAACUGAUGUGCUCAGCUAAUCGGUGACACCCCAGUCAUAAAACUGGCUUGCAAAAGGUAAUUUUUAUUGCUAGCCAGUUUUGUGAAUGGGGAGUGGAGACUGGUUCUGUAGGAAUCUUUGGGGUUAAACCUUUCAAGAGUGGUUUAACCCCUGAAGGUGAGUGCGCUGUCAUUUAGAUGUUCCUUUGGUGCCUGGAGUGCCACUUUAAGUGCAAUGUUUCCAGCUGUCUUGGACACACAAUGUUUCAUUCGGUGCCAAUGUUUUUUUCUUAAAGGUCUCUUGCACUCUCACCCUAUGGGUCUGAUGCCGCCACCUCCACCACCACCUCCAAGUGGUCCUGCACCACCACCUCCACCAUCUGCUCCCUCCUUACCUCCAUGGCAGCAACAGCAGGCCACAGGUGCACCACAACCAGGUGGUCCCCUUCCUUGGCAGCAGAGUAAGUGACAUUUUUUUUUCAAACCGUUGGGAUGGGAAAAGAUGUGAUGUUUGCACAACCUUUUCAGAGAGGGCCAGAUGACUUCUAAUCAGGUUGAAUCUUUGAAGUGGUGUUCCUUGUUUUUCAUCUCCUCUCAGCUUUUCCUAUUUCCCCUCUGAUUUGCCUCCCACAUGUCAAGAGGCUGGAAGCUCUUUAAGGAGCUUCUGUUAACUCCUUUGAGCCGAGAUCUGCAGUGUAGAAUCAACUCACUGGCUAAUAUCAACUGAAUGUUCUCAGACAAUAUUUGCUAAUGGCGUGAGUAGCCGUGGUUAUGGUUUUUGGCAUGUUCCUUUAAAAGUAGGUCAAUAUACUUAAUGUACUGCUUAACUUUUUCCCAUACUUUUGACAUAGUUCAUGUCCUGUAUUGUAUCAUAAAGUCCUAGAUUACUUAUCUUGCUUCUCAUCUUAUCUCCAUAUACUUAGUGUUAUUCACUAAACCUCAUAUUUUUCCAUAAUUGUGACCACAGUCACAAUUUGCAGACUUGCAGUCAGGAUUCAGUGAAUUCUACCUAUGGUGUAAAAUUUGUUUGGAAGCAUUCAGGAAAUCUGUAAUAUCUGCAUCUGAAUGUAAAGCACAUGAAAUGAAGGUUCAUUAUUGACUGCAUGGUGGCUAAAGGCUAUACUAUACUUUCACUUUAGUAUGUGGAAGGGGGAUAUUCUCUUGCCUGGCCUCCCCAAUGGACGACAAGUAAUGGAACCUAAUAUUGCAAAUGGGGAAGGGGGUGAUCCUAGUGUGUUCUGUCCAGCGGGCUGGGGCCCUAAAUUACAAAAUUAAGGGUCACAAAUCCCCACCCAUUGCAGGUGGGGACAUAUGGAUGUUUAGAAUUUCCAUUUUAGGAGUAUUGGUGGUCUUAUUGACCCAUUUGAGAUUUAUUUAGUUUUAUUUUAUUUUUUUAAAGUGCUGUCCAGUCAGCACAUAAGUAACUCGCAUGCAUAUAAUAUAACUAAUCUGACACUUCCCUGUUGCUGUAUCAUUAUGUAUAUAUUUGCUAGCACAAUGUAUAUCAAUCCUUUACUUGGUACACCUACUGGUUUGCUCAUUGCAAAAGUGCCAUGUAGGCUCUGCACUAGAAAAGCGGAUGCAGUUUCAAUUUCUUAAGUUGUCUUCUGUUAAACUUCCAAGCUUUCCAAUACAGAAAUCUUAAAUUUCCAUGACAGAAAUCUCAAUUUCUGUUCUACUUUGCAUACUCUCUCAUUCAGUAAUAUGCAUUCUAGAUGACAACUAUGUUUUCUCCUCAGGCUCGGCAACGACAGGCUCUGGUUCGGCUUCUCUCCAUCCAUGGCAGCAACAGCAAGGCAUAGGCACAACUUCAUCCAGCACCUCCAUGCAGACAACAGUUUCCCUUGUGCCACCACCCCCUGGAGUCCAACCCCCAUUGCCUCCUAGUGCUCCACCACCACCUCCUCCGCCUCCUCCUGGAACAUCUGGCCUCCUGUAUGCCCCUCCCCCUCCACCACCACCACCCCUUGACCAUUCUAACUUCGUCACUAUGAUGGGCAUGGGUGUUCCAGGAAUACCUCCAUUCUCAAUGCCUCCUGCCCCACCACCACCACCACCCCAAAACUGAAGAUAAUCAUCCAUCCAAUUUAAUGUCAGUUAUGCACUUGAUUUCAAAAUGUAUGUAUUAAGUCAUUUCUGUAAUGAAGGACUCUACCUCCUUCCUGUCUGGGAACUGAUGAUAGCAGUGUUUAUCCACCCUUCUGAUGUGGUUCUCCUAUAUUUUUUUUUUAAAUACAUCUACAUCUUACAAAUUUCAUUGAAUUAAUGAAUGUGUGAAUUGCCUCUCUUUCGAUCUAUAUGCAACGGUAAUAUUGUGCUUCAGAAGUGUUAUUUUUCAGAUAAAAGCAAACAGUGUUUUCCUUUUCCUAUUCUAAAUUAGUGGGAAGCAUAAAAGUGCCCCUUAAAAGAUUUGAUUUGUAAUGAAUUAAUAAGGUUCUACUUAGAUUGAUCCUUGCCUGCAUUGGUAUGAAUCUGUUGUAUACUUUAUCUAAUUUAAGAUUGGAAUAUGGCUAGUGAUCCCCUCCCCCCCUUUUUUUUUUCCGCUUCCAAUAUGUAGUUUACCAGUGAGUUUAUUCUUGCAACACUCCUCUUCACUUAUGCUUCUCAUAGUGGAUAUUUUUAAACUGCCCUCAUUUAAAGGGAAAAUAUAUCUGAAAAUUAUGUAUAUAAUACAUAGUCUGGUAGAUUUUUAUGGACCAUACCUGGAAUCAGGGUCGUAAAGAUAACUGCUUGGUUAGUUGGUCUGAUAUUUUGAUGAAAUCGGAUAUAUCACUGCUGUGAUGUACUUGUAACCAUGAGUGUUUAGACUGCUGGAAAGCUUCGGAAGCAAUCUCAACAGAAACUAGUUUUGAAUAGUUUGCUUCUGCAAUCCUAUGCAUGGUGUGAGAAAGGAAAGUUUGCUCACUUUUUAAGUCACACCAUGUUGGUAGCAAAAAUCCUAUUCUCAGUGUGACUUGUAAACUGGCAUCAAGCAUUUUUUUUUUUUGUCCAUUAAUUGUCAUUAAAGAAACCUGCCAUUAAGCCUUCAUUAAAGUUCGACAUGCUUUCCUUUUAAUGAAACCUAUAUUUCCAUUGUGGUAGACACACAGUAGAUCAUAUUAACACAAUUGUCAAAUUACUCAACCUGGUAGCUUUGUCAAAGUCGAUUGUCUUGAGGUAAAUACAUGCAUCUUCCUUCUCAAUGUGAAAUACCUUGAGAGAAGAGUUUGUGUUCUGGCAGUCUUUGUAGCAUUUAGGUAAGGGGUCAGAUAUGCUGCACCUUUUGCUUGCUUUUUUUUGUCUGGUUAGUCUGUAAUUGCUUCUUACGUUAAAAGUUUGCUUUUGAAAAAACGAAACUAUUGCUUGAGGAUUAAGAAGCUCUAAAUAGCAUUGGUCAAUGCCAGCGUGGGAAGUUUUUCUACAUACAAAAUAGUAUUUCUUUUAGAUUGAAAGUUUCACUCCUCCAUAAUGGAGUAAACUUUGGUAGCGUCAUGUUUUUCUUUCAGAAGUGCAGUUAGGUAAACUUGAAAUUUGAAUGGGGUGUGUUGCUUGUAGUAUUAUUCCAGCCAAAACAAACUAAUAUUCUAGUGCCGAAGCCACGAUCUUACAGAAGCCUGAUUUUGCUCCGUUUGAGGGAGAGUUGAGGGGAUGAUGUGGGUGGAGCCGCACAAAUUUGUACAGAAUUGAUAUUGGCCAAACCAAGAGUUAUACAUCAGUAUGUCCCAUAUUUCUUAAGUUAAAUGCUGCACAUGUGUUUCAGGCACCUUCAAAUAAAAAAUUACAAUUAUGGUGCUUAAAUAAG